UAUUGGUCACUCAGAAGUCACUUACCGUAAUGUUUCUAGUAAAGGAAAUCUUAAGUUUAUGAAAAAUAUCCCUCCUCUUGACACAGACCGAAAAAAUAGUUUUCUCCGAACUCUCCCGAUUAUGUACGAAGAUUUUCGUAUCCGAAUGUCACCAAAUCGAGUCAGUAGCAUCAAUAUGGUGGAAACAAGUGGAUUUGCCGGUGGUUUUUCCCUUCAAAAUAUUUAUCAGCUGGUUUGAUAUCCACCUAGAAAAAAAUGGCAAUAUCAUGUUUCGUCAAAUUUAUAUUGUUUUCGUUGACGACGAUAGGAUAUUUUCAGAAAGGUUGCGGUCAAUGGAGCUCUGGAUUACAACAUCUGACAGAAAAUGAAAAGUUGAAUCUUGAAGCAAUUACAAAAAUACAUGUCCACCUUGAUGAUGAUAGGAAUGGGAAAGUUGACUUGAGUGAAUCAAAUGAGUUUAUGCGUGAUGAACUUCAAGUGACUGAUGAGGAACGACACUCUCACUUCCAUGGAAAUGAUGAUCUCAUCUCUGUGGAUGAAUUCUGGCAGAGUUGGGUGCAAAGUGCAGUUCACAACUGGACUAAUGAAGAAGUCACUGAAUGGCUCAAGAACUCUGUCCAUCUACCACAAUACGCUGAUGUUUUUGUGAGUGCAGCUAUCAAUGGAUCAGAUGUACCUCGGCUGGCUAUAGAGGAGAAUGGUCUGCUUCAGAACGAACUGGGAAUAAAAGAUCCAAAACAUCGCAAGAAAAUUGGCCUACGUGCCAUGGAUGUUGUUCUAUUUGGACCUCCAUUUGUCUUAGGACAUAACCUACUGAAGGAUGUUGUUGUAGCAUUCUCUGUGCUGGUUGCAACUGUUGGUUGCUGGAUAGCUGUUUCACAGAAACGCAAAGCAAAAGAACAAAUGGAACGAAUGAUCAAAGACAUGAAAAUACUCCAGCAAGCCGAGGAUGGUCUCCAGGAACUGCAAACUAGAUUGGCCAAAGCAGAGGAAGAUCAUCAUUUAGCCAUUGCAGAAAAACUUGAUUUAGAGGCAAGACUAAAUGAAGAGCUGGAAAUGUCAAAGAAUGAAGCUCAACUUAUGGCUGAAACUCGCACAGGGACAGAGGAACAAAUGCAGAAACUGAAGCUUGCAGAAGAAGAGCUGGCGCAGGUUCGCCGCGCUUUGAGGAAAGCUGAGAAAGAACUAGAAUAUCAGUCAUGGAAGGCACCAGCUGUUCUGAAACAAUGGCUACAGAUGACAUUCGAUAAGGAAACGAAACAUUUCCAGCAGAAAAGAACUGUUGCUUUGAAACAAAUGAAGGAAGCAAAAGAGGCGUGUGAGAGAAUAAAGAAGAAACGCAAUAGCUUGAUGGGAUCCCUUCGUCUGGCCCAUGAUUUAUCUAUUGAUGAAGUUGAUCAGAAAAUUCUUGGUGCCAGAUCAGCACUUGCUGAAGUCACAAAUGAGCUUGAGGAGAGGCAGCACAGAUGGUCACAGAUAGAAUCACUUUGUGGAUUCCAGAUCAUGUCACAGACAUCCUUUGGUAUAGGGAAAGGAAGUGGCAGUCAAACCAACUCAGGUUCAGCCAUAGCAGAAGCUCUUGUCAAUGUGGCUAAUGUGGCAGGGGUCAGUUCUGGAAGAAAGAUCUCCUCUAGUGCUAGUCCUUGGAAAUCACCAUCUGUUCCUGAAACAGCAGAUAGCAAAGAAGACCUUCCUCCAACAUACUCUGCUGCUACUGCUUAUGGCAGUGUGCAUGAUGUGCAGAAAGAGCCCUGUAAUGAUAUAGCAAACUUAACUGGCCAAGAAAAUGAUUCUGGAGGAAGUACUAAAGGUGUGACAAGGCAUGCUGAAAAGGAUGUUGUGCAAAUGAGAGAGAAAACAUCUUCUGAUAUAAGUAAAAGGCAUCCAAGUCUUCAUCUGGGAGCACAAGCCAUGACAAUUGGUGUAACAAAAUCAGAAGUUUCAGCCAAAUCUUUAGAGCAGUUGUCAGCAUCUUGUGGGAAAUUAGAGCAAGAUGAACAAAUUUCAAAUGGCUUGCCUGACUCACCAACUGGAAAAUCCAAAAAGAGACUGAGCUGGUUUGGAAAGAGGCAAGACUCCACUACUGAAAGUGAAUCAUCAGCAGCUGAAAAUGACGACGAAAAAAGGAGAAAAGUAAGGUGGCUGUGGAGGUCAGCAGUUCGUAAGUCAAAAUCACAGAGAAACCCAACAAUCAAAUCAAAUAAUAGUGCAACUAUGGCUACAUCACUGGAAAAGUUAAAAUCAGGGUGAAACCUAACAAGUUUCACUCAUCUGGUCAGCUACCCGGUUUGUUCUGGCAAGCUCUAGUUUGGCAGUGAUCAGUUCCAAACACAGUUUAGUUUAUUCAAAACAACUGUAGAUUGUCUGCCAUCCAUGAGUGAACAGGACUGUUACUGUUCUUUUUUUUUUUUUUUUGCUUGGUUGUGGGCUAUUAACCUUGAUGCUGUGGUAAUGUGAGGAACAUGUAAUAUGUUCAAUGUAGUACUCAGGAAAAAAAAAGUGUUGAGAGGAAAGAUAACUUUCUCAAGUUCAGUGCUGUUGCUGUUUUUUCCUUUUUAGGGAAGAGGAUAAUUUCAUAUGUAAAGGUUAAGAAAUGAAAAUGUUUAGAGUCCUGUUUGGUGUUUAUCAAUUUUAUUAUUAACAUUUGUAUUAUUAAAUAAUGGUGUUAUGAUGAGGCAUCACAUUUACUAGAAAGAACAAUUAUAGUGGCUGCUGCUUUUAAAGGUGGCUUAUUUGAUUUUUAUGGUGUACAGAUGUAUACUGGAACAAAAGGUGUUUAUUAGUUUAACAGAAAAAGUAAUCUAUUGUAUAGUUUGGGUGCACAUUAUUUUCUUUGAUCAAAAAACUUUUAGGAUUAUUCUGACUUAUUGGGACAUGGUUAAAAUAUUUUCUCAAUUCACAAGCUUGAACAGGUUACAUAUGAAUAUGUUUGAUAUUGUUGUAUUUUUUGGUAAUUUUUUCAAACUGAUUCCAUCAUGUCUGGAUCUCAGGUUCAGAAUCCUAUCAUAAACAAAUCAAAUUUUAACUUCA